AUGGGCAUUCCCUUCGACCUUCUUCCCUCCUGUGGAGACGGCUGGAAGGACGGAUUGCACUUUGCAACGGAGCUCAGAGACUGGACAGUUCGAUACGAAGAGGAAGUUUGUAAGCCGGUGGCGACAAAUGAUCAAUACCUCAGAGUCUAUGUCGACUCGGCUUUGUCUUCGUUGCCUAGUUUCCUGAGGACAGCUCUGAGGAAUUCGCUCGGGGCGGAUUUAGGCGGCAUAGUCCGACUGAGUCUCAAUGCGCCCCCAAGUCUCGAAUCUCCUGGACUCCCCCUGUCUACCUUCCUAGCCCUCGUGCGCAACCUGAGAAAGCUCGGUCUUCGACAUCUUGCUCUCCCACGCCCCGACUCAUCCGCAGUCAAGAUCGUUGACGAAGCCCUGAAUCCCGAGACAAAGCUCUACAACUUUGGAAGGAAAAGCUUGUAG